AUGGCUUCUGAUGAUGGAUCUGAUUCUCAUAAGGAGAAGAGAAUUGGUCCUUCAGCGACUGCACCUUAUGUCUUGCAAUCACUCUUCGACAACGUCCCGAUAGCAACCGAGGACAGCUCCGACGUUUACAUUACCUUCGUCGAGUAUUGGGAGCAAAAUUUGUAUAUUGGUACAUCUGCAGCAGAGAUCCUGCAUUUCGUCUGCCUUCCAGGGGCCUCCGACGACUCGAAUGAACCCACAUUUAUACUCGCAUCGCGACUGCCCAUCCCGUUCCAAGCCGUUCCUUCAAACCCCGACCAGCAUGGCGUUCGGCAAAUAGUCAUACUCGCAUCGGUCAACAAGGCCUGCGUUCUCUGCAAUGGCACAGUCACUUUCUACAUGCUACCAGAGCUUAGUCCGGCGUUCGGGAACACAAAGGUCAACAACUGCAGUUGGGUUGGUGGCUUGGAUCUCAAUCGCGAUGCCGACUCUGAAGAGAAGCCUGUAGUCAUGAUAGCCGUGAGAAACAGGAUUUUACUCGUUCAGAUCGGAGACGAGGCUCGAAGCAUCAAGAAGAUUGGGUUCCCUGGUUGCUUAGUGGCAGCGCGUAGAGGGACGAUUGCCUGUGCGGCUGACGGCCAUUCAUAUUCGUUACUCGAAGUUGAACAUCAGCAAAAGAUUCCGCUAUUCCCGAUCUCAUCUUCUAGCGAAGUAUUUGAGUCUGGACAAGUGGAAGACAUUGCUCCUGGUCCUCAUACUCCUCUGAAACGAUCGCCCUCCUCAUCAUAUCCAAGCUCUCCUCCUGCCGAUCCUCAUGUGCACGAAAGAAGCAGCAGCCUCAAUGCGUUUGUGGGAAUGCUAAGUCCGCAUGUGCAGACCCCUCAACAGGAAAGGUCUCCCUCAGGAACACCAGACCCGUUCGCGUCCACCGACACCCCUAGACGAUCAAACUCCGAGGAUCGGGACGACAAGGGACCUCAAUCCCAAUCUGCAGAACAGCCCGAGUCAUCCCCAUCUCCAGACGGACUGAAGCCAUUACCGCCUCUGCCGAAGCCAGGGAAACGACUGCAACCUCAUGUGGUAUCUCCAACUCCUUCUGAGUUUCUUUUAGUAACAGGGACUGAGGCAACCGAGCCAGGAGUAGGCAUGUUUGUAGAUGUGGAUGGCGAAGUAGUUCGGGGUACCAUCAACUUUCACCGAUAUCCCAAGUCAGUGGUAAUCGAUGCCGGGGAAGAUGACCAAUCCCUCCAACCAAACGAUGGUGUCAAAGAAGAGUUUGUGAUUGCUGUGAUUGAAGAUGACAAGCUAGGAAGUCGACUGGAAAUUCAAAAAUGGAAUGAUGACCCUGCAGAGAUUGAGCGUCAAAAGAGGUGGCUAGAUUUACCUUCAUUGGAGACAAAGCCUGUUCAAGUCGGCCUGAAGCAUACGGCCAGUCCUAGUCAUAUCGAUCUUGAUAACAUCGGGAAGCUUCUGCAAAUGGUUCGCCUAAAAACACCGUCGUUGUCUCCACAUGUUCCAUCAACAGACCCUAGGACGCAAGACUCGAUUGAGCAAUCGCAGAGAGAGAAAGAGCUUUUCGAUUCUCAAGAGUUGGUUGAUUCUCAGAGAAAUGACGAAGAAGCUAAAUUUGCUCAAGGGCUGGUUAAACUUCAGAGUAGUCUCAUUCUAUGGUCAGGGUCCCAAAUAUGGCGCUUAGUCAAAAAUCCAUUGGUCGUUCAGCUCGAAUCUAUCCUGCAGAAUGCGGAGCAUACCAAUGAUAGCGGUCAUACUCUUUUGCAGCGGGAUGCCGUUACCGAAUUGAUGCGUUCUAUCCGGGAUACCGAGCCCAAGAACGAGUCAGAGUUCAUCGGGUUGGGCUACGUAAAGCAGAAAGCCAGUCUUUUGCUUUAUGCCGACCUUCUCUCUAUGCAGUCGGACAACCUGGAAGAGUCUACGAUCAAUCGUACCGAAUUGGCGCUUUUAUCAGGCAACCUUGAUCCCCGACUGGUCUUGCUGUUCAUUCCUCUACUUCGAUGCGAAGUGCUGCAGGGUCCGCAAGGCAUAUGGAUUCAUGCAGGGCUGGCAGCCACUGGAGAGAAGCUGAUCAGCCAGGUCGACAAGACCAGCCACAAACUAUCUGGACCAGCUGUCAUUCACGACCCUGUCUUGAAUAUGGUGAAGCGAUUUCUUUUCUCGUGGCAACAAAAGAGAGGAUAUGGGAGCAUCACUGAUGAGACGUAUGUUUUAGACAGUACUGAUGCUGCACUCCUUCACCUCCUCUUGGAGCAAGAUAGUCAGUUGAAUUUAGAGCAACGCACGACCUCCCAGAUCCGCAACGAGCUGAAUAGACUGGUUGAUGGCUGGAAGGGUAACUUCGAUCGAGCAGUUGUGCUUUUGGAACAGUAUAAGAGACUCUAUAUCCUGAGUCGACUAUACCAAAGCCAGAAGAUGUCUCGCAAUGUCCUUCGCACCUGGAGAAGGAUCAUUGAUGGAGAGACUGAUGCGGGUGGUGAGGUUACUGCUUCCAGCAUCGAGUUGCAGAUGCGCAGAUAUCUAGUGAAGAUUAAGGAUACCCAGUUGGUAGAGGAGUAUGGCUCCUGGCUUGCUGGUCGUAAUCCCCAGCUAGGAAUACAGGUGUUUGCGGACCAUUCUAGUCGUGUGAGGCUGGACCCCACGGAUGUUGUCUCUUUGCUCAAGGAGCGUGCCCCCAAUGCCGUCCAGGUUUACCUAGAACACCUGGUGUUUGCCAAAAAUUAUACUCAAUACGCCGACGACUUGAUCUCAUACUACCUGGAUGAAGUGCUAUCAGUACUUGAAUCGGAUCCUGCAGCGCGAACCUCACUUUCAGAAUCAUACUCAACAUACCGGGCCCUUCGCCCACCCAAGCCGACAUAUCUGAAUUUUAUUAUCGAGAAUAUCCCUGCGGAACCCUGGUGGCAGUCUAGACUUCGCCUGCUGCAACUUCUGAGUGGCACCUCUGGCACUCAAUUUACAUCCACCCCUGUCCCUUCUGGAAUUACCUAUUCCAUCCCCAAAGUGCUGGCCCGCAUAGAGCCUUUCCAAGAUAACCUUGUUUCUGAAAGCAUUAUUCUAGACGGUCUACAAGGUCGUCACCGUGCUGCUCUUCGACUACUCACCCAUGGUCUAGGCGACUUCGACUCCGCGAUCCGAUACUGUUUAUUUGGUGGACCACGUAGCUCUACCUCUCCAACCGGUGCUCUACCCGAGUUUGCCGCUCACGAUCUGCAGUGCGAACUCUUCCGUCAUCUUCUAGAUGAGUUCCUCCAAAUAGAGGAUAUGUCAGACCGUAUUGAACGUACAAGCGAUCUUCUUGCUCGUUUCGCGGCCUGGUUUGAUGUCAGUGAAGUCCUUGAUCUCGUCCCGGACGAAUGGAGUGUUGACGUUCUGGGUGGAUUCCUCGUCCACAUCUUCCGAACCCUUGUAACUCAGAAACGCGAGGCACGCAUUGAACGUGCCCUCAGUGCAGGUCUCAACUUGCGUGUCGGUGUUGAAUACACUGACAGUAUGGAGAAAGCGGGACCUUGGAUUGAGGAUGCUGAAGGUAUACGGCGUCCGAAGGACAGAGAGACACAAGUAUCAUCCGCACAAGCUGAUGGAAAUAUGGAAGAUGAAUUUGGUGAUUUGGUAGAACCAGCAAAUGGAGAUGAAAUUCCAUAA